UUGUCAGGGGUUAAAUCAGGGCUGUUUGUGUCCCCCGUCCCUGCAGGAAGGGCUGGAGGUGGCACUCGGGGCUGUGGGGCUCGGCCGCAGCUCGGGCUCGGUGACCCUGGAGGCCGCUCCAGCCUCAGGGGUUCUGUGCUGUAAAAGGAACGGGGUGUCUGAGCAUCUCCGACAUUAGCGAAAAGUACUGGUUCUGCUGGGCUUCCGUGGUGAACAAUGAAGGUUCUGCUGCUGAAGGAUCCCAAAGACAAAGAUUCAGGACCAGAUCCUUAUAUUAAAGAAUUAGGAUCAUACAGCUUGGAAGCAACGUUGGUCCCAGUUUUGUCAUUUGAAUUCACCUCUAUUGACAGCUUAUUUGAGAAGCUUUCCCAUCCAGAGUGCUAUGGAGGCCUAGUUUUCACCAGCCCAAGAGCAUUAGAAGCCAUCAAGAUCUGUUUAAAAGAGAAGAGUAAGAAAGAGGCCUGGUCAAAAUCUCUUAAACAAAUGUGGAAUAUCAAACCAACAUAUGUGGUAGGAAAAGCUACAGCUUCUUUAGUGGAAGAAAUUGGUCUUGUUCCACAAGGAGAAAAGGCUGGAAAUGCUGAGAAAUUAGCUGAAUAUAUUUGUUCAAGAGAGAAACCCAAUUCCUCAGCUCUCCUGUUUCCUUGUGGAGCCCUGAAAAGAGAAGUACUUCCUACAGUGCUUAGAGAAAAAGGCAUACCCCUGGAAAGCCUCACUGUUUAUCAAACAGCCCAACACCCUGAUCUGCAGGAAUCUUUGAGCAGUUACUUCUCCCAAGAGGGGAUCCCUGCCAGCAUCGUGUUCUUCAGCCCAUCUGGUGUCAAAUUCUGCCUCCAGCACAUCCAGAAGCUUUCAGGGGAUUUGAUCAACCAAGUCAAGUUCGCUGCCAUCGGCCCCAGCACGGCAGAGGCGCUGCGAGGCGCCGGCAUCGCCGUGAGCUGCACUGCAGGGAGCCCCACGGCCCAGGACCUGGCUGCUGCCCUCCACGCUGCCCUGCACCCACGCAGCUGCUCGGGGCCCCUCUGAGGGCACAGCCUGCCCGGCGAGGUCUGCGUGGUGCUCCAGGAGGGCUUGUCCAAUUUACAGACCUGCUGUCCUGCAAGAACGUGGGUUUUGGGAUCAUGAAGCACUGUCCUGGUCAGGGAUGGGUGUGAGAAGGUUGCACUUAAAUACUCUAAGAAAGCUGGGAUCUGUCCAGCAUCCUUAAAAUAUCCAGCUCUUCCCCUUCCUCCUGUGUGCACUGUGAAUAUUUUACCCUUGAAAAGCAGCUGUGAACACUGGGACACUGAAACCAGCCCCACACCUCCUCACCUCAGGUAUCCCUCAGCACACAGCUCAGGUUGCAUUGCUCUGUAUGAUCAGUUUUACUUGCACUUUUGUAGGAAAAACCCCUGUUCCAAUGAAGUAUUUUCUUCCGUAAACUUGUUUGUUUGUUGUUCUGCUUUUCAGAUAUUUGUACAAAAAUGUUAAUUGUAGAUUCUUAGUGGAACAGGAGAACUCUUGUGGUGAAGUUGCUCUGUGUGGGGCUAAUUCAGGUCAGCUGUUGCCCCUUGUUACCCUAACAGGGUCUUAAAAAUUAGCUUUUGGUUUCUGUUCCUGUAAUGAAGGAUUUAUUAACAGGGAAAUAAACUGGCUUAUCAGAGUUAA